AUGAAUAGCCUUGUUGACAGACCCCUCACACAUGGAUUUUUGAGUCUGGACCCAGAUUCCCCAGACUAUGCCUUGCGUUCACACACACUGCCGGCAAAUACGACCAGCAUAAGGCAGCUGGUUAUCAACAAGCAAAAUGGGCGCGUGAUUGCGGCAAAGAGUCAACUUGUGGGUCGUAUGGAAGACGCCCUUAUACGCUGGCGUCCGCCCGUGUCGUGCCAUGCAGGGUCCACCGCUGCAAUUAAAGGUAAGCAUCCUUAUCAAUUGGAGGCGGAAAAUACCAGUCUGGCACAUACUUCAAUAGAUUCGAUUCGCCAGUGUAUCGAAAACUUGGGCAAUGCGGUCAGCAAACCUAGCACACGGAAAAAAAAGGAUGCGCACCGCCAUGGCGAGGAAAGCAGUCUCUUACAUUCGGUAAAUUUGGGAGACUCCAUUGAAACAUCUCAAGAAUCAUCGUCGGCAAGUGGAAUGCUUCAGGAAAUUCGACAAAGUCUACAAAAAACAGACACACGUGGAAUGACCCCACAAGCAAUUGAGUGCAGACAAGAGCUUGAAACGUGUACUGUAGAGCCCGUCACAUACAGCUUUCCCAUUCCGGCCUACUAUCUGCCGCGUGAGGAUGUGCAUCCUGUUGGAGAAUCCACGCGGGACAACGUGAAUGUUGACGAGGCCGAUGGCCAGAUGGGCACCCGAUUUAAUCAGUUUUGGAAUCAGUUGUGUCGUGAGUUUAAAAUUCUGUGUUCAUGCGUGUAA